AACUUAGACGUGAUAGCGAAACGUCGUUUACAAUACAGAUUAAAUUAAUAAUCUGUGUGCGACGGACGUCAGAAAAAUGUCGGAAAGUGUGUCAAAGUAAUUUUUAUUUCACAAUUUACGGAUUCAACGAUUUAAUAACAGAUUUAAUCGCGUUAUUUAAAUCUGGUGUUUAAAACAGUUGUGUCAAGUUGAUAAUACAGUCCGCUACCACAUAAUAAUUUAGGAAAGUCUAUUGGUACUUCGCCAACAUGAAGGUCUGGGGAGCUCACGGGGAGUUUUGCGCGAGGCACCAGUGGGAGGUCAUAGUGGCUACGCUCGCUCUGCUAGCGUGCGCCGCAAGCGUGGAGCGCCACGCCACCGGCCAGCGGUCUGAGCGCUGCGCCGGCUGGGCUCGUGCCUGUCCGGGCCUAGAAGCCGAGUACCAAGCCGCAGACGCUGUCAUCAUGACCAUAGUACGCUGCUCAGCUCUGCUAUACGCGUACUACCAAGUUUCCAAUCUGCAAAAGAUCGCGUCGAAGUACUUACUCAUAAUAGCCGGUGUAUUUUCGACUUUCGCCAGCUUCAUCUUCACGUCCGCGUUGGCUAGUUUAUUUUGGACUGAAUUGGCUAGUAUAAAAGACGCGCCGUUCCUGUUUUUGUUAGUGGCGGAUGUCGCUAGAGGUGCGCGUAUGGCCAAGGCCGGUUGGAGUGCUGGGGAAGACCAAGGGAAAAGAGUUGGCAGGGCACUGUCCCUGCUCGGCCCGACAGCAACGUUAGAUACACUUCUAGCGGUUCUACUCGUCGGUGUUGGCGGUCUGUCUGGUGUACCUAGAUUGGAGCACAUGUGUACUUUCGCAUGCUUGGCCCUGAUGGUCGAUUAUUUAGUAUUUGUGACGUUCUACCCAGCUUGCCUGUCUUUGGUAGCAGACUUUGCAUCCGGUAAGAAGGAAAUUUCUACCGACAACCCGUUCAUGGAAGCCGAUUUGAAACCAAACCCGGUUGUGCAAAGAGUGAAGAUGAUUAUGGCUGCAGGAUUAUUGUGCGUUCAUCUCACGAGCAGGUGGCCUUGGCCGAGAGAUAGUGGAAUGAUAGAAGGAUCAUUGAGUCACAAUUUCAAACCGUCAUCGCAAGAUAACGUUCUGUUACAUUCUUACGUAAAAUGGUUUUCGGUAUCUGCCGAUUAUAUCGUGAUAGCAACGCUAUUGUGCGCUCUGAUAAUCAAGUUCGUUUUCUUUGAAGAGCAAAGAAAUUGGGUUAUUGAUAUGAACGAUUUAACUGUAAAAGAAGUAGUGCAGAACGAGAAGCCCGUGUUUACACUCGGAGAAGACACUAAAAUUGAUGCUAUUAUGCAGACAGAUGACACAGUAGGUUAUGAUGAAGCCGAGUGGCCUACUCUAUCGCCUAGCUCUUCUGUUGCUAGAAUGAAUACUAAGAAACGACCAAUGGCCGAAUGUUUGGAAAUAUACCGUUCGGAAGGCGACUGUACGUCAUUAAGUGAUGAGGAAGUCGUAAUGCUUGUAGAACAAUCGCAUAUACCAAUGCAUAGACUGGAAACUGUAUUAUGCGAUCCAUUACGGGGUGUUAGACUGCGCAGGAAAAUAAUAUCCUCUAGAUUCCAGACUGAAUCCGCAAUCAAAUCGUUGCCAUACUUGAAUUACGAUUACAGUAAAGUUUUGAAUGCGUGUUGUGAAAACGUUAUCGGAUUUGUGGGGAUUCCAGUUGGUUACGCUGGUCCCUUAGUUGUGGAUGGUAAAGCUUAUAUGAUUCCCAUGGCAACGACUGAAGGCGCGCUCGUUGCUUCUACUAACAGAGGUGCAAAAGCGAUCGGCUCAAGAGGUGUGACCAGCGUGGUUGAAGAUGUCGGUAUGACAAGAGCACCAGCCGUCAAACUUCCAAAUGUAGUACGUGCACACGAAUGCCGCCAAUGGAUGGACAAUAAAGAUAAUUACGCUUUGAUCAAAGAAGCGUUUGAUUCGACCUCAAGGUUCGCUCGGCUGCAGGAAGUUCACAUAGGCGUUGACGGAGCUACAUUAUACCUUAGAUUCAGAGCAACUACCGGUGACGCUAUGGGAAUGAACAUGGUGUCAAAGGGCGCGGAAAAUGCCCUUAAAGUUCUUAAAAACUUCUUCCCAGACAUGGAGGUGAUCAGUCUCUCUGGUAAUUACUGUUCAGACAAGAAAGCUGCAUCUAUAAACUGGGUCAAAGGACGCGGUAAGCGCGUAGUUUGCGAAACGACUAUAUCGGCUGAAAGCUUAAGAACGAUACUAAAAUCUGAUGCUAAAACUCUAGCCCGCUGCAACAAGAUCAAAAAUCUCUCCGGUUCAGCAUUGGCCGGAUCCAUCGGUGGUAAUAACGCGCAUGCAGCGAACAUGGUUACUGCUAUCUUCAUAGCCACAGGACAAGAUCCGGCUCAGAAUGUAACAAGCAGCAAUUGUUCAACAAGCAUGGAAGUGUGCGGUGAGAACAGAGAUGAUUUGUACGUUACAUGUACCAUGCCUUCUCUAGAGGUUGGUACUGUUGGUGGCGGAACAGUAUUGACCGGCCAAGGCGCCUGUUUGGAGAUUCUUGGGGUUAAAGGUGCUGGAGCCAGACCCGCGGAGAACUCGGCCAGAUUGGCAUCACUGAUCUGUGCAACUGUAUUGGCAGGUGAAUUGAGUCUAAUGGCUGCACUCGUCAACUCGGAUUUGGUAAAAUCACACAUGCGGCAUAACAGAUCGACGGUUAAUGUUCAAGGUUCCGCAAACGAUAUGACAUUAAAAGUGCCGAAAUUAUAACGUAAUCGUUUGUUUGAGUUGUUAGCCGUAGAGUACGCCUUGGAGCUCGAAUUCUAGAUGUAGUUCGCAAAUAAGAUAUGUUGCGUCGUUAAAUGUUUCAAAAUACGUUUAGUUAUGAAGAAAUUUAUUAGGAAUUAGGUAGGAUAUCUAUACGUCGAUUUAAGCUUUAUUAGCGGUUUAAUUUGAAAUAGGCAAAUUUUACAUUUUACGCUGUGUAAAAGGAUAUAGCUUACAAAUAGAGGCUCAACAUAGCUCCCUUCGGGAUCCCAGUGUUUCUAAUCUAUUGAAUAAAUACAAAUAAGACUUACAAUAUGUGCUUCCAAUUCUAUUUGUUUUAAGGUAGACCAACCAUAUUAGGGACAGUGGGAUAAAAGGGUUUCUAUUAAAACAUUUAAAUUAAGUAAAUCUUAAGACUUUCCUAUCGCCACGGCAAUUACCUCGAUAAAUUUCAUCCAAUCAAGUAUGAAAUGGUUUUGGUUCAAAGUGAAACUAGUAAAACAAGGUUAUGUUUUACCAGUUGCAUCGCACUUCUUAAUUAAUCGUCUAGAAAUAGAAUUAACGAUGUACCAAAUGUAAAAUAUUCAAGUUAAAGAGUUGCGCAAUUCGUUCAAUAAUUAUUUUAAGCGAAAAAAAACUAACGAAGGACUGAUAAUCAAAUACGCACAAAUUUAAUCGUUAAAUAUUUAACAGGAUAAAUAACAAACGAACAAGUGGUUAUUUGUUUUAUAUAUACAAACAUGAAUGUAUAAGAUGGUUCACUUAAAUCCGGCUCAUGUACCUACUGUUACUACGGCCUGAGCAUAUUUUUAAAUAGAUCUGUUCAACCUUUGUUUUUUUCAACCCAAUUAUCUAGUGAAGGUAUCUUAUAAGGAGCUAGAUUUAUGUAAUCAUGCGAAUCGUGAGUCUUUCCUAUCAGGGAUGUAGUUUGCAUGCAUCAAUGUAUAAUGCAUAUAUGGUAGUCGGUUUCGCGUGCGGCAUGACUGAUAAAGCGAGAAGAAAAAAAUGCCUUUGACUAUUCGUAUGUCUCCUGACUCCUGGACUUAUGGAAACAUAUUUUUCCACUCGUCUCCCAUUUGUUAAACAGUCGAAUGUGUAUUGGAUGGUUUGGAUGCUUCAGUAUAUAGAUAGAUCAAAUUUAUAAAUACUAUUGACUAGUACUUGUAUUUAGAAUUGUUUAUAUAGCUCAAUAAGUCCCAACUCCUUGGUAUUUGGCUAAUUUGGUAAAAAUAAUUAAUAUUCAUGAAAAAAGUCUUGCAAAAAGGUUCUAUAUAUCAAGGGAUCACAUAGAUAACUAUGAUUCAGAGUUGUAAUUCUUAUCGUUUGUUAACUAAGAACCAAUCAAAAAUCUCGAAUCGCUGGCCAUAUACACGCUCGAUUCGUUAAGCAUCCGAACCACGUUGGUUUAUAUAACUUCUAAUAAGGUUACCCUUGCGUAAAUAUGUAUUACGUCAGCUGUACAUAACAAUGUCUCGUCCAUUAUCACUUAAUAUGUAUUCUGAUAUUGUCCAUUUGACAUGACCGUUGUCUUUGGUAUUUAAAUGUUAUGAUUUGGAUUUUUGGCGGGAGUUCCCAGUGACAGCUCUUUGUUAAUCAUCUCUAUUGUUUAUGCCACCAAUUAGGUUUUAUCAUCAAUAUCAUUGAAUCGUCGUUUUUUAAACAUUUUAAUACCACACACGCAUAUGUUAAAAUUGUUUUCCAUCUGAGCACCCCUGUCUGAGCUUUGUAUGGUAACAGGAGUUGAAAUUAUUAAAAUAAGUAUGAAUGAAAGUCUAUUUUUGUAACGCACAACGUGUUUUAACAGCAAGGUCGUGUUUUCAAAUCAUAAUUGAGAAUGUAUACACAAUACCGUGGUAUAUUUUGAAUACAUUUUCAUUUGAUCAUUUCUUGUGGAAUGUCGGAAUAAAUAUGUUUUGAUUCGUGUGUGUGUUCGUCUAACCCAUGCAUUUGGGUUUUAUUUAUUUAUGGAUUUAUAAAUAUUGUAAGUGAUUAUUUUAUUUCCAUUAUUAAUUCAUUAAUUGAAAAUUUUCCAUAUUUAUGAACUAGGGAUAGAUAGACAUAGACAAUAUUGUAUUUGAACGCGCCUUAAUCUUCUAGCCUCUAAUUUUCUCUGUCACUCUCUGGCAUAAAAUACAAAAUAUAAGAUGAUGUAGUCCUUAAUUAUAUCAUGACAUUUAAAUAUGACUCAACACUUCAUUCAAGUAUUUGAUUUGUUGCUACUCUGCUUAUGUCAAUAAAAAUACCAACCGUAUUAUAAAUAAAUAUACUUUGAUGUUUUGCUUCCACCAGGCGUUCGAUUUGAGAAAGUUUAUUUUUAAAUGGAGAACGGAAUAUAUUUUUUUAUCUAUGUAACCAUACCAUUUGUGGCGCGAAUUUUGACCGCCAAAUGAUGAAGGAUGUUACAAAUUAUGUUGUAUGACCCGUAUAGAUAGAUCUUGAAAAUACGUCAUAUAUAUAUGUGUAUCUUUCGAAACAUCCAACCUUGAAAAUCAUUGCUAAGAUUGCGCAUUCCUACUGCACUUAAGCACAAGGUCUCUUACGAAAAACCUACAUUUUACAAUGGCUUUUUAAUAAUUCUGGCGGGAAAUGUGACAUUUCAGAGUUUUUUUACAGUCAAUGGCCUUGUACAUCUUAAUUCUGACAGUGAAAAAGGUUUUAUGAUGAUUAAUUAAGAGAUAAAAUAGGUUCAUUAAAAUGUUUUUUCUUAUUACAAUGACCUUCAUUUGAUGUCUCUUUAUUGUCAGUAAUUUAUCUUGAAAAUUACGUUUAAAAUUAUGAAAGCGCGAUUUGUAAUUAGUUUUAUCCGUAAUUAUUAUUUUUUACGUCUAUCAUCAUAUCAUGAUCGUGUAAAGUGACUUGAACAUAAAAAGUUUAUGACAAAUGUCAUAAGAUAAUUUAGAUUAAUGUUGCGAAUGCGUGACACGGUGGUAAAUUUUAUGACAAUUUAUGACGCUAUAGGGUUUCUGGAAAUUUAUAUUAGAAAGUCGUAAAUCACUCUUUACAUAAAAUAACUCCGUACGGUGCGGCUCAGAAAGCUUCCUACUUUCUUGUUGGGGUAACAUUUGUGUUUUUGUAUGUAUGUUUGAAAUGUUUUCACAUAAAAACUAGUGGACCGAUGUCCAAAAUUCUUUCACCAUUAGAUAGUGGCAUUAUUCCUGAGUCUCCGGCUUAUGUUUACUCCUGGCGCAACCAGGUGAAGUCAGGCGACUAGCUAUGUAUAAUGAAUAAUUCUGAGACAAAGAAUGUCUGUUAACGCUCAGACCGCAAUUUAUAAAGUUUUUGUUUAUGGUCGUGAUUAUUUACGCAUUCCUUUUAGCGAAAUAACGCAUUAACAAGGAAAAUCGUUUUAACAUAAUAACGUAGGAAAUGGAAGGACUUGAAGUAUUUGGUCGAGGACAGAUUAAAAAGCAUUUUUUGUUAUGAUGAAUAUUUAUAUUGGUUUAUGUCUACAUAAAAUGCGGUAAAUUCGAAAAUUCUUAAUCAUGUAACCGAAUUAAAAAGGUUUGUGCAUUUGAAUCCGAAAAUUACGUUUUUUUUUUUAAUUUGCGGCCUUAUUUUGAGACUUGAGUACAUUACUAUUAUAUAGUAUAAUUUAAACAUGUCGCUAUGACUAAAUACUAGGAAAUAUCUUAAAUUCAAUAUAAUAUCUAUCAAAUAAUUAAUAUAUUCUUCAGCAAGGGCAGUAUUUAAUGAGGUGCAGAAUUAAAAAAAAAACUUUCUAACUAGAACGUCAUUCGUACAUUGACCUUGUUACUUGACAUGUGAACCAACGAAUUUGACAUUGAACUUUGACAUUUUUACAAAUCAUAAUCGUCAAUUGACAAAGAAGGUUUUAAAUGUAUUCCAAAUUAAUUUUGUAUCUAUAUAUGCAGCUGGCCAAUACUUUUAAAAAGAUUGCGUAUAUCGUUUCUAAAUUCAAAUUUAUUGUCGUAUGUGGUAAUUCAUAUGUUUUGGGUUUUAGACGAAAUUAUAUAAGAAACAUGAUUUUCUUUUUUUUUGUGUUUGUAUAGAACGUAAUAAUUUAAUUAAUAAAUUACAGAUUUACAUCAACAUUGUAAUGAAAACUUCUAUAUCCAUACGGGAAUUAAAAACUUGCGAAAGUUGCAUCAAAUGAGUUCACAAUUUAUUUAUAAUGUUCUCACUAUUAUUAUCAUACUUAAAAAUGCAAGUUUACGAAAUGCGUUGUUAAUAUUAUUGAAGUAUGAUAUUAUUUGUAGUACUUGUAUUUCGUCCUAUGUUUAAUAUAAUACAGUGAAUUUUAUGUCAAUAUUAUUGUAAGUUUUUUAACCGGCGUUCCGAGAAACGAAGCAGGUUCUCAAAUCGGCUGUAUUUAAUUUUUGUUUUGUUACUUGGUAACUCUGCGGGUUCUCAACCGAAUAACGUGAUUCUUUUUAUGUUUGAUAGGAAAUUUUAGUAUCUGAAGUAACCUCCCCCAUGUUGGUGACUUGUUUUUAGAAAAAUAAUUAUUUUUGUAAGCAGCGGGCCUAAUUCCCAUAUACUAGAUAGAAACCUAUAUAUUGUGUCUAGUUUAACUGUUUGUUUAUGUACAACGAGUAUACCUUAACCGUUUUGUGUAUAAUUUUGAAACGUAGAUGAUAAAAUCAGAGCUGUUUGUAUUGGAGAAAUAAAAAAUGUAUAGCAUUUAGGAAUAUUCGUUUGAAAAUAUUGUGUUUUGGGAUAAUUACGAAUUUAUGGUUUCCGAAAUUGAUAUCUAACUAGCGAUCCUCCCCGGCUUCGCCCGUGAUACAUACGUGAUAUAUCCUGUAGUACUCGGGGAUCAGGUAAUUAUCCAAUGGUGACAGGAUUUUUGAAAUCGGUCCAAUAGUUCCUGAGAUUUGCAAGUUCAAACAUACAAUUUCUUCAGCUUUACAUCGUUAGUUAUGCAAAAAUGUAUAUAAUUCGAAAAAUAUUAACGUACAUUUUUGGAAAUUAAUAAUUUCGCAAUUAGCCCGAAAUAAAAACAUAAAAAAUGUAGACUGAUGUGUUUUAGUUAUACCUACUUAGAUGUUUACGAUCGUUGAAAUUAAUUUAUUUAAUCCAUUGUGUAACGGGUGAGGCAGUCAUUAAACUUAAAUUAUUAUUAAUAAAAAAUAUUUUAAUAA